CAAUUUCAUACACAAUUUUUUUUUAGAGCCAUCAGUGAAUAAUAUCCUUACGGUCUUUCCCCUUUUUUCUUGCAAGUUGGGCCAUACCCGCCACUUAAAGCUUCUUUACAUAAUAACCUCACCGAUAGUCCUAACAACUACAGCAGUCCCUAACUCAAAAUGAGCUCUGAACCAAUGGACAUAGACACUAACAAUGUAUCGGCAGAAGAGAUAAAGAAUCAAGCCAACCAGGAAUACAAAGCAGGUCACUACGCCGAUGCUAUUAGGCUGUAUACCCAAGCUAUUGCUGCAUCCCCAAGCACAGCAACGUAUUAUUCCAACCGAGCUGCUGCAUUGACCAUGAUCAAGAAGUAUAAGGAGGCUGCUGAUGAUUGCAGAAUGGCCACUAACCUCGACCCAGACAAUGUGAAGGCCUACCUUCGAGCUGGCAAAUGUCACAUGAAUCUUGGUAACUUGGAUGAAGCCAGCCGACAAUAUCAAAUUGCGCUGUCAAAAGAUGCUGGCAAUGCUCAAGCUAAGAGAGACGUAUACAAUCUUCAGCAGCUUGGUAAUUAUGUCGGCCAAGCCGAGAUGUUCAUGAAAAACAAGCAGUGGGGUUUGGCUGUCAAUUCAUUGGAUAGAGCCCUUUCCUUUGUCGACAGUGACGCUGUGCCCUUCACCUGGAGAUUGUGGAGGGCUGAAUGCAACCUUGGCCAAAAGAACUACUCAGAAGCCAAUAGAUUAGCAAAUGAAUUGGUUCGAAUGGAUUCGCAGAACCCCGAUGCACUCUUCUUGCGUGCCAAGGUACUUUACAUGCAAGGCGAUAAUGCUAAGUCUGUAGCACAUUGCCAGGAAUCUUUGCGCUGCGAUCCUGAUUAUGCCAAAGCUCGUGUUUUGCUGAAGAAAGCGAAGGCCAUGGAGGCACAAAAGGAAGCCGGUAACACUGCAUUUAAAGCAGGCAGACUUCAGGAAGCCUAUGACUUGUAUUCCUCGGCAUUGGAGAUCGAUCCGGAAAACGAAGGAACAAAUGCCAAAUUAUAUUCUAACCGCGCUGCUGUAUUACAAAAGCAAAAAAAAUAUCAAGAUGCACUGGCAGACUGUAACAAGGCUUUGGAACUGGAUUCCACGUUUACAAAAGUAUACAGUCGUCGAGCAGCAUGCUAUAUGGAGCUUGAAGAGUACGAAGAUGCCGUACGAGAUUAUAAACAAUUAUCUGAUGCAGAACCCGGAAAUAGAGAAUACCACAAUUUAUUACGAAAGGCGGAAUUAGAACUCAAGAAGUCACAAAGAAAAGAUUAUUACAAGAUACUGGGACUUGGCAAGGAUGCAUCUGACUCAGAAAUCAAGAAAGCAUACCGCAAAUUGGCUUUGCAGUACCACCCUGAUAAGAAUGCCGGCGAUGAAAAGGCUGAGGCUCGCUUCAAGGAAAUCGGUGAAGCCUAUGCCAUUCUAUCUGACCCUCAAAAGAAGCAACGAUUUGAUUCUGGUGUUGACCUCGAUGGUGGUAUGGGUGGUGGUGGAUUCGAUGGAGCCAAUUGGUUAAUGAAGAAACACUACAAAUUCUUUGAGGCGUUUGCCUUUCUUUUCAUUUUUGCUCUUUCAUUCAUCUGCAAAACCAUUUCCCCCUUUGAUCAGCACUCUGAGCGCCACCUGUAAAAUCUCAUAGAAGCUAGGAGUGGCAUACCAACUAAGAAAUGAAGGAAAAAAAAAAUAGUAAUUAAAUGUCAUGUAUCUCUCGUACAGCAAGUAGACGAUAUUGAAUAAAAGAACCCCACCCCCCCAAAAAAAUUCAUAUUAA